CCUCGCUCGGCUUGGACCCGCUAUAGCGGGGACAUAAACAGGCAGGGUUAACAUCUCCCUGCAGUAGUCCCAACAAUACGUAGGUCACAGAGUAUUGGUCAACGUUCUCUGCUCUCGGACUGUGGUAGGAAUGGGUGCAAUGAAGGUUUUGGCGAUCCUUCUAUCCUGUGGGGCUGUUGUUUUCUCGCAGAAUAGAGGGGAUAUUGUGAAAAACGACUUUGGGGAUUUUUCUUCUCGUUUUGUGGGUCCAUCCCCACCGAUUUCAGGAGGAAGCUCUAACAAUUUCGAGAUUCAACAGAAAGGUGUGUCUCCGAAUGGAAACUUUUUCGCCCCUGGAGUUCAAGUUUUGCCAGACCCUGCGCCAUUUUUUAGACCAGCCUCUAACGUUGGACCAAUCGGAAAUGCGGGAGGAUUAUUCCCAAUGGAAAACAUCGGCGGACCUUCAUUUGACAAUAUUGGAGGUCCGAAUAACUUCGACAACGAAAGGGGACCGUUUUCAUUUGGAGGAGAUUUACCGUUCAUUCCAGAUGAGGGUUUUGGGAAUGUAGGACCAGAGCAUAACGGACCAGGACCUUUCGGACCGGGACCUUUGGGAGCGGGGCCUUUGGGACCAGGGCCUAUUGGACGUGAAGAUUUUGGACCAGUGCCCAUGGGACCCGUAAAUAUAGGACCAGGGCAUAUUGGACAUAGAAAUAUGGGACCUAGUUAUCCAUCCAGGAUAGGGACCGAAUUUAAACACGAUGAUUUUGUCACUGAUCAAGUUAAUAAUUUCCGAUCUUCUCCGAUUGUGCGCGGUUCUUCUUCAUCAAGGGAUUCAGUAGCUGAUGAAGCCAAAAGGUUCCGCUCAUCCCCCGUUGUAAGUCUACUGCCCAGUGGAUCGGGCAAUGGAGGUUCUGAAGCACUGAAUAAUAUAGCACAAGCUAUUCAACCAACCAGGGAGAUUGAUGGCAAACGGUAUGAACCGAUGUUCAAAGAGUUCCCAGACAUAUUCCUGAGCAAUGAAGGCAAAGACAGUUGUUUUGCAAAGCUCAAGAAAGUAUUCGAUAAAUCAUAUCCCAAACUUCCGGAAGUUGAGCGGAGUAAUGACCCCAUAUCCUAUCCACAUCCUCGAUUAGCAUUCAAACUUCCACCGUUCGUUAAUCCCAUUUACAGAUAUGCGAUCAACAACAACGUACAAUACGUACCCUAUAAAAUUUCAACAUCACCAGCUCCCAUCUUCGUUCCGUUUACUAGAGAUAGUAAUAAAUUGUUGUUCCCAACAUUACCAAUUUUCCUUCCCUACGUCAAGAUCUCUAUAAAUGUCCCCGAGCAGAAACGCCAAUAUUUCCCAUACAUCCCUUUCCAACCCGACAAGGACCGGAUACCUUCCCAGUCCUGCAGUCAGAGCAGAAUUCUUCUGCCGAUCCCUGGAAACCCGAAGGAGCUUUAUUCAGUGGCAGCAUACACUCUCGUCGCAUUACAAGGGAAUCAAGCAUCGGGUGCCGUUAUCGCUCCGUCAAACAAAAAUAUUCCUGGUUUGAUAGGACCAUUCCUUGGAGCGGGAUCCCCCGUACAAGCAGCACCGACCUUCCCCGUGGUUCCCGCAGUUAUCGCAGGCCCGUCCAUAAAGUCUGGUGGUCCAGUCAUCUUCUCGGCGCCAUUAGGAGGUAGUUUGUUACCAGGCGCUGGUGGUUCUUUUGGGGCUGCAGGCUCUUUGGAUUUAGACUCUGAUUUUAAGUAUUCCUCGAUAGCUAGCAGCUCUGGUGGCCCAGCAGUUUUCUCAGCGCCACUUGCAGCAGCCAGUUCGCUCCUUGGCGCUGGUGGCCCAGCAAUUUUCUCAGCACCACUUGCAGCAGCCGGUUCGCUCCAUGGCGCUGGUGACCCGUCAGUAGCGAUCGGUGGAGCAGGACAUGGUGCAAGUGGCCGACUCGCUAAGUAUUAAUCCAUCCCCUACUAUGCACAUCACGUAAUGGAAUACUUGUGAAAUGUUUGUUAUUUAUUUAUUACAAUUUGUUAAAUAAAUGUUCACAGUGUAAUUUUAGAACGGACAAUCCGAUUGGGCGAUUUGAUGCUAUCAACCAAUUGUACAAGUUGUUUGUUUGAUAAUUUGGCAUGUUCACAUUUUGAAACUAAACAACAAUAUUACAAUAUCUGGAAGCUCAAAUAUUAUGGUGUCAUCUUUUGUUGUGAUAUCCUGACUGAAAACUUAAUGUUAUUAAACUGCUGACUGCUAAUUUGUAUGCAUUUGACAUAGAGAUGAAGUUCUAGAGGAUACCAGCAUCAUUAAAAGAGAUGAACUGAGUGACCAAUCCAUGUCAAUGUGGUUAACGUUAUGUGCUGAAAACUUAUUUUGAUCUGAAACACGAGUUGUGCAUUUAAAGAAGUUGAACAUGAUAUGCUAGUACAUGUACAUCUUACUUGCCUUUUGUUAUGAACUUUCUUAUUAAUUGUAAAAGAAGAGCAAUUUUGAAGUAACUUAAUGCAGCAAGGCUGAACAUGUAUAAUUUCUUGAUUUUUCAGUGUUAUCAUUUUUACCCGUUAUCAUUUCUAUUUACUUAAUUAAGUACUUUUUGAACUGGUUGUCAAUAAAAGAAAAAUAAUAA